AUGCAAAACCACACUUUACGCCAGCAUGUCCCAUCAGCAAACAUCCGACAAGCCUUUGCGGUGGCCAUGUCAGCCAUGUACGCCAAAGAGGUCCCUUUAUAUGGCGAUUUGCUUAGUUUGGUUCAACAAAGUAACCAGAGAGUACUUGAGAGCGAUCCAAAUCUUCGCCAAAAGCUCAGUACUACUGAUAAUCUCGACAGAAUCCAUUGGGAGCGCCACGGAGCCAUACGUGUCGGCAGGCCGGACGAGCUGAACCAGGUCCGACGCGUCCUCCAGGUCAUGAAUAUGCUGCCUACUGGGUAUUAUGACCUUGCACCGGCUAAUGUCCCGGUGCAUUCGACUUGUUUCCGAGCACCUGAACUAUCUGAGCUCUCGAAAAAUGCUUUUCGCAUGUUUGUCUCCUUGCUCCGCCCAGAGCUGAUCAAGUCCGAUGAGGUUCGUCAACGCGUUACCAGCAUUCUUUCCCGCCGGAGUAUAUUCUCCGAAAGGAUGUUGGCGCUGCUGGCCAUAUAUGAAUCCAACGGGGGCCUUGUCGAAGCGGAAGCCGAAGAGUUUGUCCAUGAAGCAACGAGCAGCUUCCAGUGGCACAACUCAGCCGCGGUAUCUUAUGUGGAAUACCAGGAGAUGUUAUCCGAAAGCGCUAUCUUGGCCGACAUUGUUGCCUUCAAGUCGCCGCAUAUCAACCACCUGACCCCACGAGUACUGGACAUUGACGCAGUCCAAUCGAGUAUGCGAGACUGGAACAUACCGGUCAAAGAUUACAUCGAGGGACCUCCGAAACGGAAAUGUCCUAUUCUUCUUCGACAGACUAGUUUUAAAGCGAUUGAGGAGCCAAUCAGCUUUCCUGUGGAAAUAACAGAAUCUGCAAACACUAAGCAAUUUGUCCCAGGCAGACACAAGGCACGCUUCGGCGAGAUUGAACAGCGAGGUGCGGCUCUAACGGUGAAAGGACGUCAACUGUAUGAUUCGCUUCUGGCAAUAGCGACCAGGGAUUCUAUCACAGCCGGUGAUACGACUGCGUUCUCCCGUGUCUUUGCGAGUUUCCCAGACUCUUGGAUGGAAAUGCGCGAGCUAGGACUGGCCUGGUUCCGCUACUACAUCAAUCCCAACAAACUUCACGCGCAGCCUGAACCGAAGCCAUUCAACUUAAGCCAAUUGAUUGAGGAUGACAUAGUCCGCUACGAGCCCAUAGUCUACGAAGACUUUCUCCCCAUAAGCGCGGCCGGCAUCUUCCGGAGUAACUUGGACAAGAACGGGGAUAGCGCAACUAUAUACUUGAACUCCUGUGACCUCUGUAGUAAGUGUGACUUUGAGAAGGCUCUCGGGGUUGAAGUCGCCGACGAGAUGCUUCUGUAUCAGAGAAUUCAGGCGGAGAGCAUCGACCAGUGUAAGGCUUGGGUUGAAAACGCUUGGGGAGGUUUAUAG